GAUUUUACCCGCAAGCUCAGCUUUCCUUGGCCGCGGAUGACGCCACGGCCGACUAUUCAUUGGCUGCACAGACUUUGAACUUCCGCCAUUGGCCGGCGGGCCGGUAUAUACACGGUGCUUUCUCAUAAUUCCUUUCAGUUGUGUUGUUACCCACUCACUGCACACUUGGAGAAUAGUAUGUAUAAAGAAGUCGACCGGCAGGAAAUCAAGCACGAGUGUUCGCGAUCGGGAGGACUCCACGCUUAUCCCGAUCACUUCAGGGAACCUGAGGAGAAGCUCUAAAGCCACGUCGAAUUCAUGACCAUCUGAAGGUUCCUGUCCUCUGGUAGGACUUUGUAUAUAGUGUACAUACAUUGCUUCUCUAACAAACGGAGUUGCCCCGCCCGGCGAGGGGGGAAAGAUAAUCAAGGAAGAGAGAGAGAGAGAGAAGGAGCGAAGAGAAAGGGAAACAGAAAAGAAAAAAAUUCGUCGAAGAAACACUCUUGCACUCUAUCUUUUCACGAGGCCGUCACACCCUCAACAGCACGCGUUCGUAGCAGUAAUCGAGGAGAGGAAGGAGACGAGAAAUAGAUAUCAGAUAAUCAGAAAUAAGAAAACGGGGAUCAUGAAGCAAGGCGCGCAGGAAGACUUCUCUCUUGGCUGGAAGCUGCUCACCGCGGGCUCCGCGGCCUGCAUCGCCGACCUGGCGACGUUUCCGUUGGACACCGCCAAAGUCAGAAUGCAAAUCGCGGGCGAGGGUCAAGCCCUGAUGUUGGCGUCGGCCGAGGGUUCGGUCCUUGCGAUGAGAGCGAGCCAGCCGGGAUUGUUGCAGACCAUCGUCAACAUCGUUCGACUCGAGGGAGCGAGGAGCCUGUACGGAGGUCUGUCCGCGGGACUCCAGAGACAGAUGUGUUUCGCCAGCAUACGGUUGGGCCUCUACGACAGCGUCAAGUCACUCUACGCCGGAAUCAUCGACGGUAAUAGUAGGAGCGGCACGUUGAACAUCGGCGUGCGCGUCGCCGCGGGGAUCACGACGGGCGCUUUGGCGGUGCUCAUUGCUCAGCCGACCGACGUCGUCAAGAUCCGCUUGCAAGCUGGAAAUAAUGGGCGACCGUCGAUGAGGUAUAGCUCCACUCUGCAGGCGUACAAGAAUAUCGCCCACGUGGAGGGCGCGCGAGGCCUUUGGAAAGGAACCCUGCCGAACAUCUCGCGGAACGCGAUAGUGAACGUGGCGGAGAUAGUCUGUUACGACAUCAUUAAGGACCUGAUCCUGGCAAGUGGCUAUCUCCGCGAUGGGAUCCCGUGUCACUUCACGGCCGCGACGGCCGCCGGACUCUGCACCACCCUGGCGGCGAGUCCUGUGGACGUGAUAAAGACGCGUUACAUGAACAGCGCAGCCGGCGAAUACAAGGGCGCGAUAGACUGCGCCGUCAAGACCUUCGUCCAGGAAGGGCCGUCCGCGUUCUACAAGGGCUUCGUGCCGAGCUUCACGCGCCUGGUGUCUUGGAACAUCGUGCUCUGGAUCACCUACGAGCAGAUGAAGUUGCAGGUGAAGAAGCUGCACGGCAUAGAAUGAGGAGGUCCUCGCGACUGCCGGCUGAGGGGGAGAGAAAGAGAAAAAUCGGCGCUAAACAUCGGUGUAAUCCAUCGUAACCUUUGCGUUAUCUUGUCAAAAUUCGCAUUCCCGUAGAAGAAUGUCGUAUACUUAGGAUAAGACGCGCGAGUCCAACGGGUAGACGAAUAGAAGGUAUUCCGCAGGGCUGGAAGAGAGAGGUAGAGAGUAUCGCGUGUUCGACGAUAAGAUACGACACCGUGGUCGACGAUGACGACGAAUAUCCUCGUAUUACUGCUUCUUUUUCUUCUUCUUCUUCUUCUUCUCCUCCUUCUCCUCCUCCUCCUCCUUCUUCUUCUUGUUCUCGUUCCUUCCUUUCGCUUCGUGUUAAUGUGAACGUAGCGCGAAUAUCCGUGCUUAUCGCCGGCUGUUACUCGACGCGACGCGACGCUUGCCGCUCGUUAAUCGACGAGGAAUUAUUUGCACUUUGGAAAAUACCGUCUGUAGCGAGAGACAGGACGACGCUCGAUUUCUUUCGACACUUUCAUUCGAAUGUACGCGUAGAAAAAACGGAGAUACACGCGUCGACACGCGCGGCACAUGCACACGCAGACGGACACACACACACACACACACACACACAAGCGUAUGCGCGAAGAAAUACGUAGAAAAAAGAAAAAGAAAAGAACAUGGUAGGUGAGAUUCCUCGGCAUAUUCGUAUAGGAAGUUUCAGUUGUACGUCGGCUCUCUACGCUCGUAAGGCACAACAGUAAGCUAACUCUUCGCGGGGAGGUGGAUUACGCGACGAUCGCAUGCUUGGCCAUCGUGAAACACGCGCGAAACAGACAAUAACAUUUUAACGGUUCAUUUCGAGCCGUGUUCGCUUGGGCUCUACGUAGACGACGAUUUUUUUCGGUUUUCUCGACGAUAUUCUUUCCUCCUUUCCUUUCCGCGAUCGCUCCGACUCGAUAGAUCUGCAAAUUUGUAGCGCGCAAUUUGUACUUGCAUGUACAAAAGUAAUCUCGAUUCGGUCAAUUAAUAUUCUAUUGAUAUAUUGUAUAUCAGGGCACAAUUUUCUUCGUAGCUUGAUCUCGACGGAUUUUUUCGACAUUGCCAUAUUGCCAUCGAAUAAUUUUAGUUCGCAGGCAGCUCGCGUUGUUAAGUGAAGACGACCAUCACGUUAUCACGUGUUGUACCAGAUGUAUCCGCUAUUUUAUACGUGAUGAAAUACAGUCAUUGCCAAAAUUA